ACUGAAUGGAUGAAAAAUCGAACAGUUUAGAGAUUAGAUAAUACAGGGAAGUAAAUAAAAAUAAUAACUUCCAUAUGUUUUAAAGCAGUGAUGUAUAACAACCCUCAAGCAAACAGACAUCCUGGCACAAUGACAACUGAACCAACAAAAACGCUAUGGAUGGGAGAUUUGGAGCCAUACAUGGAUGAGCAAUUUGUGCUACAGGCAUUUGAACAAAUGGGUGAACCUGCUAAAGGUGUGAAGUUGAUCAUCAAUAAAGUGUCUGGGAUUGGUGUUGAUUUGAAAAGUUGUAUUGGCAGCCAAGGGACAUUAAUUCCAAAGUUGCCUGCAGGAUAUUGCUUUGUAGAUUUUAAUGAUUCUGAAUCGUCAUUGAAGGCACAACUACGUUUGAACGGGAAAAUCAUUCCAAACAGUCAACCACCCCACAGAUUCAAACUGAAUUCCAACAAUGUGAAAGAUGCCCCAAGGAGGGAGUUUUCCUUAUUUGUUGGCGAUUUGUCUGAUGAAGUGGAUGACUUCAUAUUGUACAGAGCCUUCGUGAAAAAAUAUCCCUCAUGUUUAACAGCCAAAGUUGUGUUGGACUCGAAGGGACAGACAAAAGGUUAUGGUUUUGUGCGCUUUGCCGAGGAAACUGAUCAACAGAAAGCUCUUAUAGAGAUGCAGCACACUGUUGGAAUAGGGCGAAAACCCAUCAGAGUUAGUCUAGCCACACCAAAAAAUCGGACCUGGGAAGAUUCUAAGGUAGCGGGUCCAAAUUACCCGUUUAACAUGCGUGAGAACGAUGUGGCGACUGCGGUUGCCGCCCACACAUACAAUAAGGCGUACCAGGACUACUACCAGGCGUACUACCAGCAGUAUUACUCCAACUACUACAACACCACCCAGCCACCAGUACCUGUGCCACAGACAGUAUAUGCCAAUCCUGAAGAUGAUCCUAAUGCUCUAGAAGACCCUGAGUUAGACAUAGACAUUGACCGGUACAAUCAGGAAUACAUGGCACAGAGUGAGGAGAUAUUUGAAAUGCUGGAGGACUCUAGAUGGCAUCCUAUGGACCAAUGGAACUCUACUGUACCUACAACAGCUAGGACCGUUUGGUGACAUCGCAAUUUAAAAGGACCAUAGAAUGCGCGAACUUAUAGUGCGGAAGAAACUUAACUCGUUUACUCAAGGUGUAAUUAGCCCACGUGAUCUCAAUCAACAAUGCAAGCAUAUUGCAGCCAUGUGACAUUGAUGAACAUUAUUUAUCCUUGCUGAAACAAACUCCAACGACAUUCUGCAAGGGCUAUGUUCUCAAUUUGAGGCUUUAGGAAAAAAUGUUAUCCCGCCGACGUUUGCGACUUUGUGAUGACCAAGCUUCAUGCACGAAAAAAAAACAAACAUGCGCGUGACCCGUAAUAUGACAAUGUCGCAAGUUUUCGCGUUGUAAUUUUAUGAUUAUAAAAUAUCUAGUCAGGACAUAUGUCUCGGAAAUGUAGUCUGCUUUUCAGGGAAAACAUGUUGCCAAACCGAUAUACACGAUUAAAUGCAACUGUUAUUCAAAUACAUUUUUUAAUUAUUAUUGUCCAAUUUGUUUCUGAAAUAAUUUUACGGUGUUUUGUUAAUGUUGUUGUAUAUUGCGUUUUUGGAAGAUAUUGUGUUUUGAUUAAAAUGGUGAAAGAAUUAUUUUCAUAUGUAAAUUCUUUUUUAAUGUGUUCGGAACUGAUCUGGGGUGGAUUGUUUUUGUUGAUUUUAAUGAUUGUGUUCUCGAAUAGGCUGUAAUUAGUCGUUUUAUUCAAUUUUGUGUUAUUUAUGGUGCUACGAAAGACACUAACGGUUUUAUUUUUAUUUUUCUAACUAUUGUGUAACAAUAAUGUAUGCGAUUACGGAAAUGGAUUAACUAACGCAGUGUACUUUUUAUUAAUGGUGUACUUAUUUCAUUCAGUACAUCUGUUGUAACUGCAUUUAUUACUUGUAAUUUGAUGUGCUUUUUAAAGUAGCGGGUAAUCUCAUUUUAGGUGACAGAUUUUUUUUGUGAUUUUUAAAUCCAUGUACAAUUUGUUGGCCAGAUAUAUUUAUGCAAAUAAGAAACACAAGUGUUCAGGUAUUUGUUAUGCAUUUUUGAAUUUUAAUUUACCUGUUAAUGAAUACCGGUUGUGUAUUUUACAAUUUUAUUUUAUGACAAAUUAUUUUUGAUCUUAAUAAACAUGUAAAUUAAAAUAAAGAAAACAUAAAUAUGAA